UUAGGGAAGAGGAAAGCAGUGGUGAUACAAAAAGUGAAAAGAUCAGAUUUGUCGGGAUUGAUCAGAAGCAAAAUUAAUGAUUGCUGGCUGGUAAGACUAUGAAGAGACCGCGAAAUGUUGACUGCGGAAAGAUUCGGCGUCCGCUGAAGCGAAGUAAAAUAACGGAUGGUAUCUAUGGAAGCACAUUUCUGUACCUGAGGUUUUUGCUUGUGUGGGCCCUUGUUCUAAUGGCGGAUUUCAUCCUCGAGUUCCGGUUUGAAUACCUCUGGCCUUUCUGGCUGUUGCUGAGGAGUGUUUAUGAUUCUUUCAAGUAUCAAGGACUGGCUUUCUCUGUGUUCUUUGUGUGCAUCGCGAUUACAUCAGAUGUCAUUUGCUACCUCUUCAUACCCGUGCAAUGGCUUUUCUUUGCGGCCAGCACAUAUGUUUGGGUUCAGUAUGUCUGGCAUACAGAGAGAGGCAUCUGUCUUCCGACUGUUUCACUGUGGUUGCUGUUUGUUUACAUUGAAGCUUCGAUACGGCUGAGGGAAUUGAAAAGUUUACCUUUCAAUUUAGACCUCUGUAGACCUUUUGCCUGUCACUGCAUUGGCUACCCAGUUGUAACAUUAGGGUUUGGUUUCAAAAGCUAUGUUUCAUACAAGAUGAAAUUACGGCGGCAAAAGGUCAUACAAAAAGAAAAUGAUUUUUAUCUUCAAAUAUUACAACAAGCACUCCCUGCUGAAGUUCAGUAUGCUGAUAAACCCAAAGCUUUACCAUCAAAAUCAGAAGAGGAAGUAAUCUCAAAUGGUGUUUCUGGUUCAUCAAGCAAAAAAGUUUCUUCGUCUUCAAAAUUGGACGACGAAAAAGACUCCUCUUCUUCAGUUAACUCAAAAACAAAAAUCAAUGACGAUGAUGAAAUAGAAUAUAUAGAGAAAAGUUUGCCUCGGAAAGCGUCCAAUGUGAAUCAGUUUGACGAAAGUGCAGACAACUUCGCCAAUGAACAGCAGGCAGGGAAGGCGUUCAAGUCGGGGAACAGCAGUGUGGCGGCAGCUGUUGCUGUCGCGGCUGCGUCGUCGAUCCCACUGCCCUCCACCAAACCAAGCAGCAAACAGCUGAACAGCAGUAAGGACACUAGUUCCAGUAACGCGUCGUCAAAUUCGUCAUCGGCCCAUCAAUCGUCGUCCAGUUCCUCUUCUAAAAAGGGCAAAAACAUGUACAGAGAGCUCCAGCCUUCACCCUCACCUGUGUCAUACACAAACAACAAAGAUGAAGUCAUACAGAGGUUAGAAUCAGAUGUAAAAAAGUUAAAAGCCGAUCUCCAGGCAAGUCGCAACUGUGAGCAUGAGCUCAAGUCUCAGAUCAGCAGCUCAUCGACAGAAGAGAAGGUCUUGCGUUCAGAGUUGUAUCAACUUCAACAGGACAAUGAAAAUUUACAAAACAAAUUAUAUAACUUAGUCACAUCUCGGCAGCAGGAUAAGCAAACGAUAGCUUCCAUAGAGAAGAAGCUAGCAGAGGAGAGGAAGACUAGAACUGCCUUGGAACAGCAAUUGGUGAACGAGAAGAAAAGUAAGACAGCUGAAGCAGCUGCAGCAGCUCGGGCUGUUGCCAUGGCAGCAGCUACAAGGGGUGAAUGCACCGACACAUGUAAAGCGAGGCGAAGGGACUUCGACAAUGAAAUGAAACAGCUGCGAAGGGAGAACAAGCUUCGGGAAGACCAGUACAGACAACUAGAAAGAGAGGUACAGGCUCUUCGACAGUACAAGGACACCCAGAAAGAGACAGAAGUGCUGAUGAAAGCACUGUCGACCAUGCAGGAUAAGAAUGCUGAGCUUGAAAAUAACUUGUGCGCUGAGACACGGUUCAAGCAAGAUCUUUUCUCUGCUUUGGGCAAAGAGAGGAACGAGAUCAAGAUUUUACAAAAUACUGUGGCUGAGAAGGACAAUGAAAUUUUGGAACUCAAGUCUAAAAUCGCGGAGGUGAUGGCUCUGAUUCCCAGCCCAGCGGUCACCAGCUAUCAGCACCACUCAAAUGAAAGGAACUCCUCGCCCCUCUUUUCCUCCGGGUUUAGCCCCGCUCAGGACUUGGGCUCCUCCAUGCCCGUAUUCAAUGGACCUGACUUGGCUUCAUCCUCCGAGUUGAACCCAAAUGCUUCAGACUACACCCCAAAAUCAGCCAUCUAAGAAGCGAAGGACAGCACAGUUUUUGGCUCCGGUUGAUUCAGUUGGCGGAGAGUUCUUUAAUAGACACUUGUUUUAAUUUUUUUUCCAAAUUCUUUUUGAAACUUCAAUUGUGUCUUUACUUGUUAUUUGGUCUGCUGUUUACUAUGAGUCUGUAUGUAUUAACUCUCUUGUUAGGUGAUAAUUUUUUAAAAAGACAACCGUGGAGAUGUUGAAUUUUGGGGUAUAUGUAUGUGCUCUUUCAACUCUAAGACACAGUUAACGUCUUGUCUUUUCACAACCACGUUUAUCACGGGUAUUGGGACUGUGGAAGUUGUAAAGGGUUG